AUGUCGCAGUCCUUCCCGUGGUUGCAGCCCAUGAGCGUUAAUGUCGAACCUUUGCGAUGUGAUCCCCUGCAUGGUCCCGAAGACGUCAUCUAUUCCGGUUCCGACGACGAUGCCUAUUCCGACCCCGAAGAACGUAGCCGACGCGUCGAGACCCAGGCCCUCCGAUACCUCGAAGGGAAGUCAGUCUUCCUGCUAUCUACCUCACUCCGCGGCCCGUUUGAUAGCAGUUCCGGCUGGGUCAACCCCUGGCGCUCCCGUUCAGCGUCUAGAGUGGAUAAGCAUAAGCGCACAAGCAAGUGGCUGUCCAGACCAAAGCAGACCGCCGCCUCGUUGCGAACCUCUCAAGACCAUAAUGUCUCCAGCCAUACCUUCGAGUCCGCCAACAGUAAUGCUGCAAACCUUGCCUCCUUCAAGACUACCAAUAUCCAAUAUGAAGAAGACUACGACAACUUACAAGGCCCAUUGCAGUACUUAGACGAGGAUGCGCUCUAUAGGAUUGAGGCUUGGAGACAGAGGGUUGCCAGAGAGUUCAGUGUUAGAACUCCAGGGCAUUCUGCACCCCAAACUCCCACCUCAGCCGACUCGAGAAAGGCCAUCCAAUGGACCGUCAGAACACCAGGAAGCUCGUCUCGUAUUGUAUGCGACGAAAUCCCCCAGAGCAGCUUUGUACUCCCCCCAAGCACGCCAGUACAGGCUUCCAAACAGGAAUCGAGAUCAUUAAGCAAAUCGAAAACAUUCCAUCAGCCGAACGAGCCCGGUCCCUCGAGUCUACUGCCUGCAGCCAGUCAACCUCAAGCUGUCCACAGCACUCCUCAGAGCGCUACUCUUCCGAAGCCGACUGCCGCUAUCGACCUCUCUCCACAUGCAGUGAAGCUCUACGAGCAGUUUGUUAUGGCUGGCAAGUCAUCGGCACACUCGCCGGUACGAGCACCUCAAGGCGUGGAACCACCCGGAGAGGAUACACCUGUGAAGGAAGAGCCCAGGGAGCCGAGUCUUGAAGAUAUCCAGGGUGUUGCCUCUCAGGCGUAUGCUACACCGGAUGUCCUGCCCGAUCAUCCCGUCUCCGCAAUCCGAUAUCAACUACAGUACAGUACCCAAACUGACGGGAGCUUUCGCUUCCGGAGGAAAAGGUCUGCACCAAGCGGGGAUGACAGCAGGCCGACUAGUCCGGGCUCGGAACAGAGGCCGGCGAGUAGGAGGGAGAGUGGUCCGACAUUGGAGCAACACCAAGUGUCUGAGGAACAGCCUGAGGUUGCUGGGCCAGAACUGGAGGUGCUCAAGCAGGCUUUACCACCAGGUGAUGAUCAUCCUCGGCUAGAACAGGAAAGUACCAGACCGGAGCCUGAGUCUCAGGUCAAGAUAGAGCCACCAGAGGAUCAGUCAAGAGAGGUCUCUAUGUCGAGUGAGCAUAUCCCUGACACGGAACCUCAGACUGUCGGAACGGUGCCUGAGCAAAUUGGCCCAGAAAAUGCACUGGAGGAUAAUUUUCCAUCUCCCGAGCAGCAAGUUGGAGCUCCCGCGGCAGCGGAAGCACUCCUACAAGGCUCUGAGCCCAGGGAUCAAACUCCCGAGUCAGAGCCGGAGCAGAAGGAAGGCGAUGCUACAUCCACUCCCCCUGCUGUCCACGAGCCAAUUGCCGGUCCCAACGACGUCACACAACAGACACCAUCUGAGGCUACACCUCGGCCCAACUCCGCUCAGAGGAGCGUACAAAGGACCAGCGGCAGCAGCCCUGUGGCCUGUCCGGCUCAACAAGCCGAGACGUAUACUCCAGCGGCAUCCGUCUCCCAGCUUGAUGGCCCUACAUUGAUCGCCACGGGAGACUCAUUCGCGUCCAGCGAACCCAGCAGUUUCGCCUACUUCUCGCAAGAGGGCUUCUCCCAGGAUAUGCCCUCGAAAGUUCUGCCUUCGCCGAGAAGGCUGCUCUGGCCCAGGUCUCAGAGGGCGAGCAAUAGUCCGGGGCCGCUGUUUGGGUUUGCUUCGAUCCCGGCAAAGAACCAGACGCAGGCGGUUCAGGCUGGUCCAGAAGAAAACCAUGUUGUGCAGGAUAAGAAUGAUGCCAUCGAGCCCGUGGUCGCGGAUAGGGAUGCUCCAACAGAGACCAAUGAAGACGGCAAUGACGUGACGCCGACGGCCACCGUAGCUCAAUAUUCGGGAAGCGAGACUGCCAGCGAAGCUGAGGAAGAGAACGUUCAUCCUGAGGAGCCCCCACAGCCUGAGGAAGCAAACGAUGAGCCUGAGACAAGACGGCCUUCCUCUGUUCCAGAGCCUGCGGCACAGAGCCCGUGGAUUAAGGAAGAGGCCAUUCCUCCCCCUCCUGCUCCCGAGACUGUUCAGGAAGCUGAACCCGCAGAGCCCAAAGUCGCCCGAACUCCCCAAGCCGUCCAGAGCCCCUGGACGAAGGACGACUCCAUCCUCUCAGCCCUCGGUGCCCUUCAAAAUCCCCGUCUCUCCCUCAUCGCCAACCAGGGUCUGGUCAACACCGCCUCACAAAGUCCCUGGGCCCGUGGCGAUUCUCAAAUUCCGUCCCUCGUGGCCCGCAUGGUCAACCCGCUCUCCUCCCCCGCCAACAGCAGCAUCCUUCCCGAAAACACCGAACUCGAGGCCGAGUACUCCCUCUCGCAGAAUCCCGAGCAACAGCCGCAAUCACUAUGCAAGCUUCGAGUGCAAAAUACUACCAUGCCCGACUCCCAGGGCGGUGAAGCCGACAGCCUCCCUCCACAGCCUUCUACCCCCGAGACAAAGCCCUCGAGCUUGCCAACCCCCCCUGAUUUCAGCAUCUCGGUCCGUUCCUUCAAGGAGUUCAUGACGCCCUCGCCGCGGCCUAAGCGUGCUAUGAAGCGCAGACGGACAUCUCUUCAUUACACGGAUAGAAAGAGUGAUGAGGACACAAGUGAGCUGCUCCCCAGCACCCAAGCAUUGGUCGACGCAGCGACCACGAACCCGUGGCAGUCCUCAUCUGCUUUGCGUCCCUCAUCAAGCAUGCCUUGCACAGCGAAGAGCGAAAACAGGGGGAUCAAGCGGCGGAGAAAGAAGAGAGUCUCGUGGGCGGAUCUAGAGGGGCAGAAUCUCUGUCAAGAGGAGGGGGGUGACAGCCAGGCCGAGACUGAGACAGCGUCUUGUGUCGCGAGGGAGAAACUGUCUAGGAGGGCAUCCUCCCCUCCGCCGAGUAUCCUCUCUCGUGCCAAGCUCCCUGGGGAGGGUGAAAAAUUUGGGAAGCACUUUGCUGCCGUUUCUAGGCGCAGACGUGGCGUUGGUUCUACCGAUCAAGUCCCAUCAUCUCAGCAAUCCACCCCCCAACCCGAAGAAAACGCCCUACCUCAAGAAGCCGAUCCCUCUGAAGAUAAAGACGACGACGAGGACUCCAACAAAGAAAACAUCACCCCCGAACCCCUCGAUGAACCUAACCCCCUCGAAGUCUCGACCGAGCUCGAAGAAUCUUCACAAUCCCCCUCCCACCACUCUUCCGAGAUAGACUCCGAAAACGAAGAAAACAUCGACCCCAACCAACUGAGCCAAGAACUUGACACCCAACUCGACGACGUCAAUGCCGUGCUCCAAAACCUAGAUGAGUUCCUCGGCACGAGCUGGGAUUUGGACGCCGAGCUGAGGAGUAUGGCUAGGCAGCAGAGACAGAUAGAGCAACAAUCUAGAGUUGGAUUUGGGUUGGAGAUGGGUGAUAGUAUCUCCACUAUUAGCGAUACUGCUAAACGUGAGAGUGUGAAUUUCGGGUUCAACUCGGGUGUUGGGGAUGAAGAGCAGGACGUGCCUGCUUCCUCGGCUGUUUUUGGCUCGGGAGAGUUUGUGAGCGGGUUUGCAGGGGCUUCUCGGAGACGGUCUGGUCGGGGGUCUGGCUUUGGGCUCGGGUUUGAUGACAUGAUGGACGCCGGUGUUUGGGACUGA